GAAAAUUUUGAACUUUUUACAAUUUUUUAGUUUUUGUCAAUCCCUUCGUUAUAAUUAGGAUUUGUUUAGUGUUGAUAGGGUUUAUGUUAUACAACUACAUACGAGGUACAACUCCAAUCAACGAAAAAUGAGUGUCCUAGCAAAGCUGAAACAGAUCAUCCACUGGGGACCAUUGAUUGCUCUCACAAUAAUAUUCACCAUUACCAGUUCUACUGUCCAUAUCACACUGCAAUGGUGGCCAGUCUCUACGCUGGGGGGAAAGAUUAAUAUGGCAGUGUUUCUAACGUGGAAUAUCAUUACAUUGUACAAUUUCUUCAGGGCUGCCUUUGUUGGACCUGGAUUCGUUCCUUAUGGCUGGAAACCAGAAAAUGUUGAAGACACAAAAUACCUGCAGUACUGUCAUUUCUGUGAGGGCUACAAAGCACCUAGAUCUCAUCAUUGUAGAAAAUGCAACAGAUGUGUCAUGAAGAUGGACCAUCAUUGUCCCUGGAUCAACACAUGUUGUGGCCAUUUCAACCAUGGUAACUUUGCCAACUUCUUGUUCUUUGCUUGCUGUGGUUGCUUCCACUCUUCCUGCUCACUCAUUCCUGGUAUCAUCAGAGCUGUCAACAUGCCUUAUUACGUUCACAGAGGAGUACUCGAUGUUCCUAUUGUCUACUUGGGCAUCAAAGGUUUCAUUCAUUGUGUAUUCUCUAUUGGGCUGUCAAUAGGUGUCAUUGUAGCAGUAGGGGCUCUAUGGUACUUCCAGAUUAAAAGUAUCUUGAGAAACGAGACUGGCAUAGAGCAGUGGAUACGUGAUAAGGCUUAUUAUCGCCCACGAGAGGAAGAUGAGACAGAAGAAUUUAUUUAUCCUUAUGAUCUGGGACGAUGGAGAAAUUUUACACAAGUUUAUAAUUUAAGUGGAAAUCCUGUAUCUGAUGGUAUUACAUGGGAUGUGAUAGAAGACUGUGAUCAAUAUACUUUCACUAUAGAGCAGUUAAAGCAGAAAGCAGAUAAGAUAGAUAGAGCAGUAGAAUACAAGACAGUUGAGGAUUACUCGGGUAGUGUCUGUCCCAUCAGCAAGGGCCUUAGGGUCUGCUGCAGGCCUCCAUGUACAGAUGAAAAGAGAAUCGCAAUCAAGAAAGGAGACAUGGUCUUGGUCACUCGAUGGAAAAAGUAUUGGUUAUAUGGAGACAAGUUAGAGGGUCCAAAUAAGACACUAGUGAGAGGUCGUGAUCGAAAACGAGGCUGGUUUCCUCGUCGUUGUGCCGUAGAAAUUGUAGACAAUGGUGUAUGUCAACAUCAAGGAGACACCAAGAAGACUGAUUAGAAAAUGACCACAAAUACGAGAUAUUUAUCUUGGGAUCAUCAAGGAAGCAUCCAAAUUCAAUGUUUGAUUGCUAACCAAACUUAGUUACAGCCCUGAAUCCCUCGCCUACCUACUUAAAUGAAAAUAACGAAUGUUGAUUUGCUGCAGAUUACAUUUGAAAUUAAAAUUGAACUGGUAUAUUAUUUAAGGAAAGAAGAGCUAUUGUCCAGAAGUUGCUAUUAUGAUGUUUGGGAAAUGUAGAAAUUGAAAGUGAAUAAUAUUUGACUUCUCAAAAAAGAUUUACUAACUUAAAAGUACACCAGACUCUGGCUUGACUCAUUAAAAACUUUGUUUGGCAAUCCAAUAUUGAUAUGGUGGUAAUACUAGUGAUAAGGUCAUUGAAAAGGAAAUAGCUAAGGUGUUCAUAUUUUGUUUGGGAUUUGAAACAUAUUUUUUAUAAAAUGUUAUGGGAUCUGCAAGACUAUCCACUGUAGUGUAUGUAUAUGGUAUGAUUGUGUCGAAACUGUCACAUGGUAUUCAACUUCGGUAUCAGAACUAGUCUAUUGCAUAUAGAUGUUUCAUAAAUACCUGAAUUUCUUCGGGUAUUUAUGGAUUUAGUAUGUGACAGCAAAUAUAAACCACAGAAGGUGAAUUAAAUUUUCUAACAGGUGAAUUUUUUUGUCCAGUACCUGAACCGAAACGGGAUGCUCUGAAUCAACCUGCUCCGGACAUAUCUAACUACCUGGACAAUUUGUAAUUACUAACGACAGCCGCCAGGUAACUGAUGAAUACUAGGCUAUCCAAGAUUUGUACCAUACACAGUGUUUUAAAAGUAGCAGAAAAUGCAUUUUGUUAAUAUUGCAAAUAUGGUUUAUGUAUGGAUUUUUGUAAAUUGAUGUAAUUUAGAAUUCUGUACAUAUGUAUAUAUAUAUAUACUUUAUACAUCAGGUACUUGUUGAUAUCUUCUUUUGUAUAUUCUUUACUUACAUUGCCUAGCAGGGAUGGCAUCUGCUCCAUGCAACCUUCUCUAAAGGCUUGAAGUCUUCAACUUAAAUUAAGAUCAUUUGAUCUAAGUCAAAUGUUUAUCAAGAUCAUGUACAUGAGUUGUUAAUCAAAUGAAAAUGUUUUCUGGACACCCUGUUUAAAUUUUUUUUUAAAUGUCAUCUUCUCCAUGCAACCUUCGUGAUAAGCUUGGAGUCAUUUGAUCUAGAUCAAAUCUUUAUCAAGAUCAUGUACAUGAAUUCUAAAUCAAAUGAAAUUAUAUUUGAAAAUUACCAUGCAAAGUAUUCAAUGAAGGUUAUUAUUGCAAUAUUAUUUAUGAAAAACCAUGACUGCUAAGCGACAAAGAAAUAUAUAGAUAUAUGAUCCUAUAUUUUUUGAACAUAGAAGUUCUAGGACUCCACACUUAGAAUUUUUUCCAUGGUGUUCAUACAGUACAUGUAUGUAAUAAUGUAUCUGUCUAAUGUGUCAUUUUUGUGCUUUUGAUUCUGAGGAAUUGGAAAACACUUUUGAAAUGGUGAAAUUUUUUUAAAAAUGAGGACAUUUUUUUAAAAUGGUGACAUAUGUUUGGUGUAAUCCUACAUACUGUAUGUUAGUGGCAUGUAGGAGAAGUUGAUGUGAUUGCUAAAAUAAAAAUAAAGGGACAUUAUAUUUAUAGAUAACAUGUUGUAAAGGAUUAAAAGAUACUAUUUUAUUCAAAUGAAUUUUGAGAGACCUGUCUGAUACAUAUAAAAACAAAGGUUAUCAUGAAAGUAUCAUGUUAUAAUGCAAUAAUUUUACUUUGAUAAUAUCAGAUUAAUUCAAACCCACAUAGUUGUGUAGUCUUAGGUUUAAGACCAAAUGGGUAAAGAUUAAAAG